AUGUCCCGCCCAAGACCGUACCAGACUGUGGGAGACGCAGACUCUGCUUCCGAAGAUGAUCUCGACUUAGACGAACUCGAUCCCGCGGUCUAUAGCCCGGAUCUCACUGCCACCAAGGGAGGCUCCAAUGCCAGCGGCCGGUCCGGAAACGCUUCCUCCAACAUCCCACUACAAAGACUACACAAGUUUGGGGCGAGCAAUCUAUGGCGUCCAAAGGGUCGGCAAAAUAAUGUGACUUUGGAGGAUGAAGAUACAGAAAGGUUACUGGGCAGCUGGACGGGACAGUCUCCAGGAAACGGACACCUCAGGAGUUGGUCGGACGAGCGAGUUGGCUGGAACGUCAGACAAACAACCCGUCAAGAUACCGUACCACCGAACGGUCCAUUUGGCCGUGAUGGCCCCUCUCGUCGACCGAGUAUGCGUCAAAGCGUGCAGUUGUCGGAUUUCGUCAGGCAAGAGCUUGCAGACAUGCGGGAGCAUCCAGACAUAGACAACAAGGAGUCCCGCGAGAUCAACGUCGGCUAUGUACAGAAACGGCGAUUCCCAACGAACAAGGUGUCCAAUGCCAAAUACACCGCCUGGUCUUUCCUUCCUCGGACGCUGUACAACGAGUUCUCCUUCUUCCUGAACAUCUAUUUCCUCCUGGUGGCUUUAUCUCAAAUCAUACCAUAUCUGCGGAUCGGGUACAUGUCGACUUACAUUGUACCACUGGCGUGCGUACUGAGUAUCACGAUCGGGAAGGAAGCCAUAGACGAUAUUGCGCGCAGGCGGCGGGACGCCGAGGCAAACUCGGAGCUUUUCACCGCUUUGUCUUUCCCUGAUACAGCGAGGCAGCAGAACCCCUCCAACAGUCCGGUCGAGGUCCAGAAGCGAUCUCGGGAUAUCAAAGUCGGAGACGUCUUAAAGCUCGAAAAGAAUCAGAGGGUGCCAGCAGACGUUGUCAUUCUUCAGAGCAAGCUGAGCGAGCAACUUCACCAACUGACAACUAGUGACAACGGCGAUGGCUCUGCGGCUCCCGCGGCCCAGGCUACAGGGGAGACGUUUAUCAGAACUGAUCAGCUUGACGGUGAGACAGACUGGAAGCUUCGCCUCCCAAGUCCGUUGAGUCAGGGCCUGGCCCUGCGCGACUUUCGACGCUUAAAGAUCACGGCUGGUGCCCCUGACAAGAAGGUCAACGAAUUUGUUGGGACUCUUGAACUCAGGCCCAGUGAGAAUGCGGCCUAUGACCCUCAUGUGUUGAGAGAAGAUCCUGCCGAAGCGGCAUCGGAUUCGGUUGAUCUGGCUCGAGCGGCGCAUAGCAAACCCCAGUCUGCACCUCUCACAAUCGACAACACGGCUUGGGCCAAUACAGUGGUGGCAUCAAGCACUACGACCUAUUGCGCCGUUGUGUACACCGGCCGGCAAACCCGGUCAGCAUUAUCCACCGCCCCGUCACGGUCCAAGACAGGCCUACUGGAGGUGGAAAUCAACAACUUGACCAAGAUACUCUGUAUCAUGACGCUGACUCUCUCCAUCGUUCUUGUCGCACUCGAAGGCUUUGAACCAUCGAACAGGAAGCCAUGGUAUGUGGCCAUCAUGAUUUACCUGAUCUUAUUUUCGACCAUCAUACCCAUCAGUUUGCGCGUCAACCUCGACCUUGGCAAGUCAGUGUACGCGUAUUUCAUCGAACAUGAUAAAGGCAUUCCGGACACCGUGGUUCGCACGAGCACAAUCCCAGAGGAUCUUGGUCGAAUCGAAUACCUGCUGUCGGACAAGACUGGAACUCUCACCCAGAAUGAAAUGCAAUUGCGCAAGAUCCAUGUGGGUACAGUCGCAUAUGCGGGCGAAGCGAUGGAAGAAGUGGCAGCCCACGUUGAGGAAACCUUCGCGCCUGGCAACGAUCAACGCUCCAGAGUGACGGGGCCAGGGUCUACAACAAAGACCCGUCGAGAAAUCGGCAUUCGAGUCCGCGACCUCGUGCUUGCUCUAGCCUUGUGCCACAACGUUACUCCCACAACAGACGAGGUUGAUGGCGAGAAAGUGGUGUCAUAUCAAGCUGCUUCGCCGGAUGAAAUAGCAAUCGUGGAAUUUACUGAAAGUGUCGGUCUUCGCCUCCUGCAGCGGGACCGAGAGCACAUCGUCCUCCAAGCCGUGAGCACCAGCCGAAUCGUGAUCCGGGCCGAGAUCAAAGACAUUUUCCCUUUCACUUCGGAUAGUAAGCGCAUGGGAAUCAUUGUGCAGAUAUCGUCGGAUAUCCCGGGCCUGGCAGGCGCCGAUGAACUGUGGUUCUUCCAGAAGGGCGCCGACACUGUCAUGUCAUCUAUUGUGGCUGCAAAUGACUGGCUCGACGAAGAAACUGCGAACAUGGCUCGAGAAGGGCUGCGGACCCUGGUCGUGGGUAGGAAGAAACUGUCCCAAUCACAAUAUGACUCAUUCGCCUCAGCGUACGCCGACGCCUCCCUUGCACUUCAUGACCGUGAUGCCCGCAUGGCGGCGGUCAUCCAAACUCACCUUGAGCACGACCUAGAACUCCUGGGUGUCACUGGUGUGGAGGACCGGCUGCAGAAGGAUGUGAAACCAUCCCUUGAACUUCUCCGCAAUGCAGGUGUCAAGAUCUGGAUGCUCACAGGCGACAAGAUCGAAACUGCCCGUUGUGUGGCAGUGUCCGCCCGCCUCGUCGCGCGUGGGCAACACAUCCAAACGAUGGCAAAGCUGAAGGCAAAAGGUCAAGCCAAAGACGCGCUCGACAUGAUGCGCAACCAGAUUGAGUCCUGCCUGCUCAUUGACGGCGAAUCCCUUGGUCUGAUGCUCAGCCAAUUUAGGCAAGAGUUCGUCUCGGUAGCAGUCAAGCUGCCCGCCGUAAUUGCGUGUCGGUGCUCGCCGACCCAGAAAGCGGAAGUCGCCCAACUUAUUCGCAAGCACACCAAGAAGCGAGUCUGCUGUAUCGGAGAUGGCGGCAACGAUGUUAGCAUGAUCCAAGCCGCGGAUGUGGGCAUUGGCAUAGUUGGCAAGGAGGGACGACAGGCAUCGCUAGCCGCCGACUUCAGCAUCACGCAGUUCUGUCAUCUCACGAAACUCCUGGUCUGGCAUGGCCGGAACAGCUACAAGAGAUCGGCCAAACUCGCCCAGUUCAUCAUCCAUCGCGGACUGAUCAUCAGCGUGUGCCAGACCAUGUAUAACAUUGCAGGGCACUUCGAUCCCAAAGGCCUCUUCAAGGACUGGCUCUUGGUGGGCUAUGCCACCGUUUACACCAUGGCGCCCGUGUUUUCGUUGGUGCUUGAUCGAGACGUCGACGAGCAAUUGGCGAAACUAUAUCCCGAGCUCUACAAGGAACUCAAGUCAGGCAAGAGCUUGAGCUAUCAGACCUUCUUCACCUGGGUGCUCGUGUCGGUGUACCAAGGCAUCAUCAUCCAGGGCCUGACGCAGCUGUUGGUAGGAGAGGUUGAUGGCCCUCGGAUGCUCAGUGUCAGCUUUACGGUUUUGGUGCUGAACGAACUCAUCAUGGUGGCCGUGGCAGUCACCACGUGGCAUCCCAUCAUGAUUGUAUGUAUUCUAGGCACGGCUGCCGUGUAUGCCGCCAGUGUGCCUUUCUUGGGCGGUUACUUCGACCUUGCAUAUGUUACCAGCUGGAGUUGGGUGUGGAGAGUCGUUGCGGUGGGAUCCAUCAGUCUUGUUCCUGUCUGGGGAGGCAAGGUGAUCAGGCGAAUGUGGAAGCCGCCCAACUAUCGUAAAAUCCAGGGUAUAUAG